UUUCUCAACAUACUUCUAUUUCAAUUCUGAUUCCUCCAUCUAUUGCAACUCUGCACUGCUAAUCCAGUAUAUUUUAAGUUUGUUUUGAAUAUUAAGGGGAUAUUUAGUUUUAAAGAAUGAUGUCAGAGAUUGGAAACUGACCUUUCUAACUUGAUUUAAUAAUAUGAAGCUAAUUUAAAGUGAAUAUUUUACAUAACUUAGCUAAUAGCUUAAAAAUCAAGCAAUAUUAAUGAAACUAUUUUCCCUCUGAAAAGGUACAGUUUACAAAAGCCAAACGUCUUCCUCUUUAUUUGUAAUAACAAAAAUAAGCCGAAGUCCUGACAUAUUUGUAGUGUUUUUAUUCCUAAAGGAAAAAACAGGAACUUUCAUUGUGCUUUAAAAGUUAUUACCUCAGAUAGACUCCCAGCCUAGCACGGUUAAGUGAGCUUCAGACAACAGAGCCCAAUGUGCGCUCUAGGAAACACUUAAUUAGGGUGGUGCCUUGGAUAUGCUCAGGGGUCCUGUGACAGAUCCCUGUUCCCAGAGGGCUUCUGCAGUAUACAGUCCCGGUUGGACGGCAAGCGUCAUGCUCGGAUUUUUCCUGUUGCCUAGCUAGUGACCCCCCUACAGGAAGAUAACGAAUAAGCCGGGAGGGUGGAGCAGCUCCCUACACAUGUCUGGCUGCUCUUAUCAACUUAUCAUAUAAGGAAAGGAAAGUGAUUGAUUCGGAUACUGACACUGUAGAAUCUAGGGAAAGAAACAAAGAACCAUGAGAGCUGCUCUGUAGAGCCAGUGCAGUCCUCGGAGUGAGCAGGACCGCUCUCCCCUCUGCAGCCUGACAGCUCCCUGCGAGCCGGGAGAGAAGACAGUGUUAGGAAGUGAGCCUGCCACCGGGAAAGGAGGAAGGGAGAAAAAAGCUUUCAUUGAUGGGCUCAGCCAUGCAGCACGGCCCCACGCUCUAGACGGCCACCGAAGGCUCUGGACUCGCAUGUGCCUGGAAGUCUGCUGAGCCCGCGGUUUAUCACCCAAAGAGAGAGAGAAUGUGGCAGAUUGUUUUCUUUACUUUGGGCUGUGAUCUUGUCUUGGCCGCAGCCUACAACAACUUUCGGAAGAGCGUGGACAGCACGGGGAAAAAGCAGUACCAGGUCCAGCACGGGCCCUGCAGCUACACGUUCCUGCUGCCGGAGACGGACGGCUGCCGCUCUUCCUCCAGUCCCUACGUGUCUAAUGCUGUGCAGAGGGACGCGCCCCUUGACUACGACGACUCGGUGCAGAGGCUGCAGGUGCUGGAGAACAUCAUGGAGAACAACACGCAGUGGCUGAUGAAGCUGGAGAAUUAUAUCCAGGACAACAUGAAGAAAGAAAUGGUAGAGAUUCAACAGAAUGCAGUGCAGAAUCAGACCGCCGUGAUGAUAGAAAUAGGAACGAACCUGCUAAACCAAACAGCAGAGCAGACACGGAAACUAACGGACGUGGAGGCCCAGGUAUUAAAUCAGACAACAAGGCUUGAACUUCAGCUCUUGGAACAUUCCCUUUCCACGAACAAACUGGAAAAACAGAUUUUGGACCAGACCAGUGAAAUAAACAAAUUGCAAGAUAAGAACAGUUUCCUAGAAAAGAAAGUGCUAGACAUGGAAGACAAACAUGUAGUACAACUGCAGUCGAUAAAAGAGGAGAAAGAUCAGCUCCAAGUGCUGGUAUCACGGCAAAACUCUGUCCUCGAGGAACUGGAGAAACAGUUAGUUACUGCCACCGUGAACAACUCAGUCCUCCAAAAGCAGCAACACGAUCUGAUGGAGACCGUUAAUAAUUUAUUGACCAUGAUAUCAACAUCAAACUUGAAGAACUCCUUUGCUGCCAAAGAAGAACGAAUUGUUUUCAGAGACUGUGCUGAAGUGCUCAGAUCGGGGCACACCGCCAACGGUAUCUAUGUGCUAACGUUCCCGAACUCCACAGACGAGAUAAAGGCCUACUGUGACAUGGAGACAGGUGGAGGUGGCUGGACGGUCAUUCAGCGUCGUGAAGAUGGCAGUGUUGAUUUUCAGAGGACAUGGAAAGAAUAUAAAGUGGGAUUUGGUAACCCUUCGGGAGAGUACUGGCUGGGGAACGAGUUUGUCUCACAAGUGACAAACCAGCAACGCUACAUGCUGAAGAUACACCUGAAGGACUGGGAAGGGAAUGAGGCUUACUCACUCUAUGAACAUUUCUAUCUGUCCAGUGAAGAACUCAAUUAUAGGAUUCACCUUAAAGGACUUACAGGCACGGCUGGCAAAAUAAGCAGCAUAAGCCAACCAGGAAAUGAUUUUAGCACAAAGGAUGCAGACAACGACAAAUGUAUCUGCAAAUGCUCGCAGAUGCUCACAGGAGGCUGGUGGUUUGAUGCAUGUGGUCCGUCCAACUUGAAUGGAAUGUACUAUCCACAAAGGCAGAACAUGAACAAGUUCAACGGAAUUAAGUGGUACUACUGGAAGGGGUCAGGUUACUCGCUCAAGGCUACAACCAUGAUGAUCCGGCCAGCAGAUUUCUAAAGGCCCACGCACACCUGGGAAGAGGGUUCUGUUUUCAAAGGCUCCUCCCACAGCACUGACAGACACCGCUGCACCCUUCUCCUCUCUGCCUCAGACCGUGCUCCUGGGUGCCACAGAACACACGCACCAGGCUAGAGCCUAUGAACUUUGUCACUGAAGCCUGCAUCGCUAACGAACCAAGGGAAAAUCCAAAGCAAGCAGUGCCCUGGUACUGUGGUCUGGCAGAAUAUCUGUGCGAAGGUGAGAGAGCCAGACCAGUGACUGCUGUGACUUGGCUGUGCUGUCGCAACCAAGCAUCUGCGAGCGUAUCAGUAAAUAACUGGAAAGCAGAGUGUUACGCUACACACUACAGAGUCUUAGAACCGCGGUUCUCCACGCACUGGGUAUAGACUGUGCAAACAGCCUUGGGUCCUGAACACAGCGUCACUGUCCCAGUUAAAAGGAAGACAGCCUUCUCCAAGCCAUAUCAAUAUAUAUUCAGGGAUUUUCUAAGUACAGUUUUAAUAUUUGGGAAAAAACACAGCUAGUGCAUUACUUCGCUUAGGUGCUUUAAAUUUUCAUUCUGAAAACAGCACAUUUAGCUUAGUUUUUAAGUUAAUGCUCGAAUAUAUAUUCCAAGUUUCUAAGGUGAAAACUUCCAGGGGCUCUGAAUACUCCAGUAGGAGUAUGUGUCACAUCGGUUUAUAUGGAGAGUGUUUUAUCCUUUCUGCCUGGCUAUUAAAUAUGAAGGCAUUUUUAGCAAUUAAAUAUAACUUAUUAGGUGAAACGAUUCUGUUUAACUUUUAUGAUAAUAUUUACAAUUUUGGAAUUCAGUUAUGAAACAGCUAUGCCAUUAUGACAAGGGAAAGCGUGAAAUAUAGUGAAGAAAAUUAUGCAUUUAACUUCAAGACAGAGACUAUCUUCUCAGUUUUAUACAGAGCUCUACUUUCUCUCUAGCAAGAUGUAUUUUAGAAAACUAUGCUAAAAUUUAAUUUGUGGCUGAGAACAAUUAUUCCAUUUAAGCCUCUUACAAAGCUAUAUUUCUCAAGACUCACUUCUAAAUUUAUUUAAGGAAACAUACAAUUUGCAUUAAUAAUAUUUUCGUGUCCAUCAGCAAACUGAAAAUGAGAUUUUUUUAGAAUGCAAAAAUAAAAUCUGCUACUCAUAGCAUACUCAAACGUUUAUAGAAAAGUUUGAGAGCACAGCUUUAUGCUCAGGACCGAAAAACCUAACUCCGAUCAUAUUGACUCCUUUUGAGGUUUUCAUAGUACAAUUUAUAUUAAUGAAUGUUAGUGUGAUGAAUUAAGAACUCAUUUUUGAGUCAACUGCUGGGAAGCUGAGAGUCAAAUCUGCAGCUAGCUUUUCUUAUGGAACUGUUUCUUCCACCCUGCCAUGACACUAUUUUUUCUGAAUUCCAUUUUUCAUUAAUUCAUUUCAUCUCCACUUCCCUUAGACCUGCAUGCAUUGCCCUGUGCUCUGAGUCAGUCUGUGGACUCGCAAGGGCUCAGGCCCUGAUCCACAACUGCCGUGCUGCCCUUCCAAGCUGCUCUCCCAAGUGAAGACCCUUCUCCUUUGAGGACUCUUGUUACAACCAAAAAGGCUUGAAAAUCGCAACAGGGUUUUGUGUCAAGUUAAAAGCACAUCUGAUAGUAAGAAAAACCUCACAGCUUCAAAAGACAACCAAUGUUUGGUAUUCCAGUGAUGACCAAAAUGACGUACUGAAGUGGGGAGAUGACCAUACAGGAAAAACUGGCAGCCACCUGCCUAGUUUGUCACAAUUUCUCAUGGAGACAGGAAAAAGGAAUGUGAGAGACAAGCCUUGUUACAUUACUCAGAGUUAUCCAUACCUCUCACGAUAGACAGUGGGAGGAAUAUGUGUUUCACUUUAUACGUCAACUCCUUAACCGUAUUUCAAACAAACAGUAUUUUGGGGAGGAAUUUUUUUCUCUCCUUAAGAAAACAUUUACAAAGUUGAAAGGAAACCAAAACAGUAAUCUUAAAAAUGAAAGCAAAACAGUGCAGCAAUCUAAACGACUAUAGUGACUGGAGUGUGGAGUUGCCCCCCUGCUGGGCCACAGUCACAGGGCUAGCCAGUGCCUGUGCACACAACUGCGCAAGACGGAGGCAGACAGAGAUCCGUUACCUUUCAGAUACGCCUCUUUAGAAAGAAUAAACUGUCUCAAACCUGACAACACUUUUGAAAAUGAAAGCCAACAUCUGCACAAUUCUGCUUCCAAUCAGACCUUAAAUUUCUACUCCAUUAUUCCUUAAUCCUAAAAAGAAAAUUAGAAUCUGGAAUUUUUCCAUUAAACAUUUGAAACUCUUGAAAAAAAUCAAUAAAGUUGAAGUAGAUUUAGGAAAAACAUCAAAAUACAAUGACCAUUACCAUAAUGCAGCAAGUCACAGUUUUUACACUUAUCAGUUCAAUCUCAAUUACUAACAGGGAAAGCAUUAGCUACUUUUUUAAAAAAGUGAACAAGAUAGGAUGCUACCAUCCCAAGAAUCCAGUUUAUUUUUCAUUUCUGUUUUCCUCAUUCCUGCAGCUUUCAUAAUUCAAUUUUCUUGAGAUUACAUGUCUUACUACUUUUCUGCAGAAUAUGCACACAUUCUCCCAUGUGAUCUCACAAAUAAAUGGGGGAAAAAGGUGCUAAGUUCUGUGGAUAUGUCUUUUUAGUUUGAGCAUGACUGCUCUUGCGGUAACAAGUUGAGUUUAUGCUUGUAGUAACUUCCUGAGAGCACCAAAUUACAGUUAUAUCACAAAACAACUAGACUUACGGGAGCUGCAGGGAAGUAGUUAGAAAGUUCGAAAGGCUCUUCGGAAAUCCAGUGACCCAUUUCCAAAGACCAGAGUACCUACAAGGGACACAACAGAAAAUGGAUUAUAGGCUUUUUGGGGUAUUAGUGGGUAAUAGCCAAGAAUCACAAUGAUUAUAGUAAAAGCAAAACAAAACAACAAACAGCGUGACGUGCCACAGGUCUGACACAAAUGCUUUCUGGACACCACGGUGCCCUCAGAACGGUUGUGCUGCAUAAAUGUUAUGAAUAUCAAACACUUGGCUAAGAAAAAAAAAUUCACACUGUUGACGUCAAACAGUGUUUCCAGAAGAUUUUGGUCCUUGUGUUCUGGGCGAACACGUGGAUGAGGUGAGGUAGAAUAGCUUUAUUGAGGGAAGGGGAGUCACUGGUUCUGCCAGGUCAGAGAAGAGCAGAAGAAAGGCUGGGGUCUCUUGGAAGGUCGUUUUUAUAUCACCUUGAAAUUGGAGGUAGAGAGAGAAUACAUCAUCAUCACCUGGCGGGCCGGGGGGAGGAGCUCUUGAGUCAAGAGGGGAGCAGUCCCAGACUAUCCCUAACCUAACCUGCCUCAACACCAGGACCAGAAAUCUAGGUCAUUAUCUUAGUGAGGCCAAAUAUUUAAAUGUCAACCUGUUUUUAAGCACAUGAAGCACAAUACAUUAAAAUAAUUCAAUUCACUAAUUUACAGAGGUAUUUACAAAUAAUGCACCACAAAUAUUCCAUUUUAUUAAUUAAAAAAAUAAAUAGGGUUAGGGUGUGUCUCAGUGAUUGAGUGCUUGCCUGGUUUGAGCAAAAGGCCCUGCAUUUGAUCCCUGGUACUGCAAAAAUAAAUGAAUAAAUAAAACAAAUGAAUGACCAGCCACAAAUAGGGAAAAGACAGGCUACAAGUCCAAAUUCAAAAGGCAGUCUCUUCGACUUGUAACUUUAUUUCCAAUAUUGGCCAAUAUCGUCAGAAAAAAUGGUUCUUCAUAACCCACCUGGAAAUCCUUCCUAGAGUUUGGAAGAAUAAAAUUUCAUAAAUCAGCUUCUAUCAUCAGAAUAACCUCAACUAUCAUUUUAUUAUUAUAGUUAUUUCAAUCAGCACAUUUUUAAACAGUCCAAACAAUAUUUGCAUUUUUAAUACAACAAUAUUUGCAAUUCUUCAGUCAUCUCUAUGCCCUGUCCAGAGCCCCUAAAAAUAUGUAUGUUUCUCUAUACCAGAAUUCUACAGCUAAGAUAAUCAAACUGAACUACAUACCCAUGUUUAUUUCUCACAUUCAGGGAGUCCAUCCUUUAUUUCUGUAGUUGCUACCUAAAUCUCUUUUUGCUUUUUGUUGGAUGACCAGGAAUGAGGCCUUUUGACAUUUCAUAAUGCUCACUACUGUCGA